UAAUCUCUAUAAAAUUGCAUAAAUAUAUAUACGAUGACGAGUGAAAUCUCGUACAGGAUAUUUAAGAUCUAAUCAGGAAAGUUGGGUUAGGUUAGAUGAACAAUAUGGUGGAUUAGAGAGAAAGAGAGGACUUUUUCAUCGGGACUCGCGUGCAUUCUUCGCAUUAAGGACAUACUCAAGAAUAAGGUAUAGAGAUUAUAGAAUAUGAUAUUACAUGCGAUAAACUCUAGCCAUAUAAUUAAAAAAAUAGCACAAACCAACUAAUUGCGUCUAACUACUUGCUCGAGCAUGUUAUAUCACCUUUCCUAUAAGAAUUGAAUUGAAGCAAAUGUGGUAACAAUAUUAUUGAAGUAAUCGUAUAAGUUGGUGAGCAACAUGACCGAUACAAAUGAUAAAGAAGAUGACAGUCAAGUGGAGAUAAAGCAAGAAGACGUGAAGCCUACUGCCAAGAUACAUAUAAAGCAACCUCAUGAGCUACUCAAGGAUUCCUCGUUGAAAAAUACCAAUGACGAUGUGCAACGUGCAAUCCAGGGUCUUAAGGAGAUACCAGAUGAAGAACUACAAGAAUUCCUUGAUGACGAAGACUUUAUGCAAGGAUUGGACGUCGUAGAUGCAUGGGAAGGAGAUGAAGAGAGAAAUCGCGAAAAUGAGCAAGACAAAACAAAUGCGAUGGAACGAAAAGAGAGACGAUCCUCUAGGGAACGCCACCGUCCUGAGCCUAAAGGAUCUUACAGCCGUGUAAAGCCGAAGAGAGAAGAGAAGAAACGCGAGGAAAUUCGUCGAGACCCUUUGAAAAGCACGAAGGAUAUCGAACGGGACAAGAUGCGAACGAAGAGAGAUACUGAAAGUAAACUUCUUGCCGAAAAGGAGAAGGCGAUUAAGCAUUUGCUUGAUUCGGACAAUGUAGUCCCACCUGGUACGGAAACUGAAGCCAUUCAGAGCAUCACGGAGGAACAAAAUAGGGAACGAGCGCAGCGCGAAGCGCAACGAAGCAGAGAACAUCGCAGGAGCAAAUCGUUCGAUCGUUAUUCCAGAUCGAGUCCGGUACGACGCAGAACUCCCGAUAGACUUCGAUCGAGUCCUCAUCGACGAAGGAGUCCUUUUGUAGCUAGUCCGGAACGUCGUAGGAGUCCUUUCAGAACAAGCGCGGAGAGACAUAGAAGUCCUCAUCGAUACAGUCCAGGCAGACGAAAAAAUUCACCACGAUAUUUCUCCGACCGAAGAAGUCCCAUGUUAAGUCCAGAUCGUCGAAGGAGUCCUAGACGACUUAGCGGGGAACGACGAUCCAGCGCAGAUAGAAGGUGGAGCGCUGAACGAUCGCGAAGAAGACGCGCCGAAUGGAUACAUGAACGCCGAAGAAGUCGAUCUCACGAUCGGAGGAGCCGCAGUAUGGAACGUAGAAGACGCUCGAGCCGCUCGCCCACAAGCAGACGAUACAGCCCUCGUCGCCGAAGUCGCACGCGCAGCAGAUCUGUGGAGAAGCGCACGAGGAAGCGGUCGCCCUUCAUUAACGAACUGGCAAGACAAUUGAGAAACGAAGCAAUGAUGCCGACCGGUGUGAACAGCAGUGGAUAUGUACCACCCGCAACAAUGGAAGGAAUUGCACCGCUGCUCAAUCCACCUGUGUAUCAACAAGAAACGGAACCUCGACCACCGCCACCACCACCACCACCAUCUGUAGCGCCUUCGACGUACAUGCACCAACCAGGUCCACUUGCACCGCCUUUGCCGUCAUCAUCUAUGUUACCUAUCCCGAGUGGACCGCCGUUUGUGAAUUUCGAAUCCAUGCCGGGUGUACCGUCAAUGAAUUUCGAACCCAUGCCACCGCCACUGCCCAUGCCAUCGCACAUCCUACCUCCAGCCGAAUAUUCCUCCGGUCCCGUCAUGUAUAAUCAGUCGAAUGUCGCCCCUCCUAUUCAACCACCACCCCCGCCAUCGACCAUCUGUCCAGCCUUGCUCCCUACGCCGGUACCGUCGCCACAACCUGUGCCCGCACCGGUGAUGGAUCAUACACAAAUAUCAUAUAAUCCGUCGCACACUAUGACCUCUGUUCAACGAUCGCCGAUUCGUCAAUUUGAAUCUUCGAGCAAAUCUUCGAAUCAUUCGACUGCACCGUCCACGUCGUCACAGAAUUACGCGGAACGUGGAUCAGCAACAUCGUACACUGAAUUUCAUGCUCCGCACGAGGAACGAAUGAAAACACCCGAACCACCGGUCAUCUCCAAACCAAAACAAAAAACCAGCUUAUCCAGUCUACUGGAAGCGUCUGUUUCAGCCAAAGAUCCAUCUAAUAUACCGGUGCUAUAUCCAGGAUUCAAGCCUGAAAUAAUGCGGCAUUGCGAACAAGCGCUGUGCCAGCUUCCACUUGAGGAUCCACGUUUAAAGAUGAAGGGCAGAUUUUUCUAUGAUCGCAAUGAAGAAGGUGAUACGAAAAAUGACGCCGAGGAUCAUACAUCGAAUUCGAUACUUCUUCAGAAAGGCAAAACCAAGAUAUUUUGGGAAGAGAGCAACAAAGAGGAACAGCCGAUACCGAUUCCAAAAUCGACAACUCAGAUGCAUCAGAAGAUCUGUCAAACAGAUGAAUUAGAAACGGAAACGAAGGGCGUGCAAGUAUAUGUCACCAUGGUUGACGUUGCAACACAGGUAUAUUCGCCUACACAGCUAUUAAUCGAUCUCCAGUCGCCAAUAAAGGAAGACAAGCGACCGAUAAUGGAACGUCUUGAUCGGAGCGGGAUACGGGAACCGUAUGAGCAUGCUUCCAGUUUUCGUAACGUCGACGAUCUCAGAUGGAGUUUAAAUAAUUCUUCGCAGAGACGUUUUUGGAACAGACAAACAUCUCCUUCUAGAAGAUCCACCGACGAGCAUGAACAUCAUGUAGAAUCUGUAGAUCAUGGAUCUAGAAACUUAAGAUUAGAAUCUCCUGUUAGAAAUAGAGAUGAAUUCUCCACUCAUAUUGCAGCACGUGAUCAUUAUAAUCAUAGCAGAUAUUCGCCAGAUUAUCAUAGACGUUCUAUGGAACGCGACGAUUACCAUGACAGGAGGAGUGAUCAUAGCCGCGGAGAAAGUCCAAUGGAAUUGGAAGAAUCCGACGAUGAAUUAGUGGAUGACCAUACAUUCCAAAGAGAACACGAUUGGCAUGGAAGGGAAAAGAUUUUGAGAGGCAAAGGUCACAUUUUGAGAGGAAAGGGAGGAAGAUCGUAUCGAAAUCGCGGAAACUUUCGGGGCAAGUUUUAAAACUAUUAAUUACACAUACAUCGAAUAGAAUAUCAUGUCAGUAAUGAUAACUUUAAUGACUUUCAUGUUAACGUAUAUAUGUAUAUAUUGAAAGUUACAAGGAAUAUUAUAUUAAACAUGAUCAUAAAAACCACACAUAAAUUGUUAUUCUGUGAUGUUAUGUACAUGAAAUUUAAUUGAUAUCAAAAAAGUGAAGGGAGAUGAAUUUUUAAACAUGAAUUCAUAAUGAGUUCCGAAUGAAGAGGAUUAUAUAAAUAUAUGCUCAAAUAUUUCUACAUAAAUGUGUUUAACUAAAGGAUUGUGCAAAUCGCGCCAAUAAUGGAAAAAAAUAAUGGAACAGUGUUUGGAAAAAAAAACCACAUCAUUAUCUCCUUUUUCACAUUGCAAGACUUGUCACAAUCAGAAUAAUAUUAUAUGUAAUAUUGUAAUAUGUAUUAUAAUAUUUGUAACAUUGCAUACUACGCAAUGAUUAAUACUGUUUGAUUAUUAUCACUUUUAUUGUAGAUUUAUAUAUGCAUAACUGGCGAUAAAAAUAUGACAAUUUAAUAAAAGAAAAAGUACAUACAAUUAGUAGAACAAUAUAUGAACCUUAUAAAUACACACACACAGAAAACGUAUGAUACAUAAUAACGCUAAUGUAAUGAAGAUUUACAGCAGAAACAAUAAAGAUUAUGGAUGGAAUGUAUUAUGGAAUUUGCAAAAAAGUAUA